AUGCAGGCUAGGCCCGCCGCCGCCCCGCUCUCCGCUCCCGCCCCUCCCAACAAUUCCGCCGCCGCCGCCGCCGCCGCCGCCGCAGUAGUCUCUAUCCUCAGCGACGCGGACCCCGACGACCGCCUCCGCGCGUCCGGCAUCAGCCCGGACCCCGCGCUGUUCCCGCACCUCCGCCAGUCGCUCAGCACCCUCCCGGAGUCCGCGUUCCCCGCGCUCGCCCGCUGGGCCGGCUCCGCCGCCGCCGUCUCCCUCCUCGCCUCCCGCGGCCUCUUCGCCGCCUCCUGGCGCCUCCUCCUCCUCCAGUUCCCUUCAUCACCGCCCCCUCCCCUCGCCGCCUUCGCCCCGCUCGUCCGCCGCUACGCCCGCCUUGGCCGCGCCUCCGCGGCCCUCCGCGCGUUCCACUUCCUCCGCCGCAACCCCGACCGCUACACGGUCGAUGGCGACGGCUCCCCCGCCGCGACCUCCCUCCUAAACAUGGCUGUCGGGGCGCUCUGCAAGGAGGGCCACCCGCGCCCGGCCGCGAAACUCGUCGAGCGGUGCCGGCGUGAGGGGGAGCUGGCGCCCGACGAACGGACCUACAACAUGCUCCUCGACGGCUGGUCCAGCGCCCGCCGGCUGGACAAGGUCGGGAAGCUCUGGGCUGAGAUGCGUGUGGCCGGCGUGCGCCCGACGGUGGUCUCAUACGGGACUCUUAUCAAGGCGGUUUGUCGGAUGCAGCAGCCGGACCAGGCCGUGUCUCUCCUCGACGAGAUGAGGAAGGAAGGGAUCGAGGCGAAUCUGGUUACCUGCAACCCCAUCGUGCACGCCCUGGCUCACGCCGGCCGAUUUAGGGACGCAUACAACCUGCUCGAGAAAUUUCCUCUCUACGGGGUGGCGCCUAAUAUCUCGACAUUCAACUCGCUCGUGUUGGCUUACUGCAAAUAUGGAGACCUUGCCGGGGCAAGCGGUGUGCUCAAGGCCAUGAUGGGGAGGGGCAUCUUGCCAACGGCAAAAACGUACAAUUACUUCUUUGUGUUCUUCGCCAAGAACGGCAAUGUUGAGCUGGGGAUGAAUCUUUAUAACAAGAUGGUCAACAAUGGUUAUGCGCCGGACCAGACCACUUACAACCUCCUGGUCAAGAUGUUGUGCGAGGCUAAUCGGCUUGAAUUAGUGGUACAGAUGAUAAAGGAGAUGAAGGCUAAUGGCUUUGAGUCUGAUCUGGCAACAAGCACCAUGCUGAUACAUUUGCUUUGCCGAAACCAUCGGUUUGAAGAAGCGUGUGCUGAAUUUGAGGAUAUGUUUCGUCGAGGGCACGUGCCCCAGUAUAUCACUUACAGGAUGCUUAUGAAAGAGCUCAAGCGGCUGGGUUUGGUUCAACUGGAAGAGAAGUUGACCGAUCUAAUGCGCUCAGUACCACAUUCUACAAAGUUGCCUGGCAGCUACAGAGAAAAGGAAGGCGACAAUGCUAAAGAAAAGAGAAAAUUAAUAUUGGAGAAAGCUCAGGCUGUUUCCAAUGUUCUGAAGGAGUGUAAAGAUCCGAAGGAGUUGCACAAGCUAAAAGAUGAUGAAGAAACUGAUGUCCAGGCCGCAGAUAGGAUAGUAGCCAACAUUAGAAAAAGAGUAUAUGGAGGUGUCUCUAGGUUAGCCUCUCCACUUCCUUGAACAUCGAGUUGGCAAAAUCAAAUCAUGAAGAUUUACUGGAUGAUCAGGGAUUUAGAAGUUGAUCACCUAAGCAAUUUAUAUCUCCACUUCCUUGAACAUCGAGUUGGCAAAAUCAAAUCAUGAAGAUUUACUGGAUGAUCAGGGAUUUAGAAGUUGAUCACCUAAGCAAUUUAUAUUUCACACGGUUGAUUGCCCUUUGGGAUGUUCAAGAAGCAAGAAGAGAUUGUAACCUCUAAUCCUGUUUGGUUCUUUUUGUGGAUUGGAUAUCCUCCAUGAGAAAUUCACAGAACAGAAGCAGUGGACAUGCAUGCAUUAAUUUAGUGCUUAAGAUGUGGCAUGGAGCACACAAGCCUUCCCCAUAUAUGUAAGUAAUUUUUGCAUCAUUCUGUUGUGCUCCAUAGCCAUGACUUCUACGUGAUGUCAGUGUUGAAUAACCUGGGCCUGUUAGAUCACCCAGCUAAUCGAGUCUUAGAUGUUGUGCUUAAUCAUGCAUAUGUGAUGUACUUCUGAUUCUUGCAGUUAAAGAUUACUUUGUUCA